UGGAAACGCGACGCAGCCUGCCGCCCGAAAAUAAAAGUUGCGAAAUCUGAGCGAAGGGCGCUCAAGCUUCGCCCAAAAACGUCAUCCCGCUGGCCAGCGCCUGUUCCUUCAUUGCAACAAUGGCCGCGCGCCAUGAGCUUCAUUAAGAAAGCCAACAUGCUUUCCGCGAUAGGCGAGCUUCAGAGGCCGUGGCAAAUUGGUGGACAAGACAAGACGGGCGUCUAG